CACACUGGAAUCCAAACGGGCUUUUUCUAUCUGCAAACGUUUGUUUCCGAGGCUUUUCCUCUCGCCAUCGUCCUCGUGCAGCGCUUCAGUGUUUUCUGUCUCACCACAUGAGUUGGAUUUUAAUACUGUGAAGCCUCAUGGAAUCAGACGCCGGACGGGUUUGGUCUCCUGCUGGAUUAAAAGCAUCGUUCAGUCAGAUGAGCGGCGCAGACAGACACUGAGAGCUGAGGUCGUGUCAGAAGAGCAGGCAAGGAUGAAACUGAAGCCCAGUAAAAGAGAUUCCCCCUGGGGGAGCCAUAGACAGAUGUGGAGCCCCUGGAGCCACUGACCCCAUGUCCGGAUGAUCUAUGGAUGGAGACCACCAGCCCUCAAGAGUCAAUCUUCCACUGCUGAGCAAUUCCACAUUGGCAGACGCAAACAAAUGUUGCUCGGUAAUUGCUGAGUAUCUACAGUCUGAGCGUUCAGUUCUUAUGCUCGAUUUUCGCAAAGUUACCUUCCUGUUACAAGAAAAAUAACCUACCACAACCAUACUUAGCCUGGAGAACUCUGACCCACAAUCCAGCAAAUGCAUGCAAAGCUUCUGGGAAAGCUCAUGUAUCCUCACAUCACCUUCAAAUCGCAUGACCGUGAAAGAGGAAAGUUAUGGCAUCUCAUCAAGAAUGCUGAGGUCGGGCAGGCGUGUGGUCUAACAGGAUCAAUACAACCUCGCUGAUUAAUGGCCAGAUUUCUCUUCCAUUUAGUGCGCUCGGGAAGAAUCAUCUGCCAAGACCAAGAUUGUGAAAUCAAGUCCCUUCGGUCCUUUAAGAGUUGUAUUUCCAUUGCAAAGUAACCCUGCUCUUGACCUUUUUGGCUCUUUGUAUCAUUUAAGACUAUUUAUUCAGAUUUACAGUCAAUACGGCUCUUGCAAUACAGUGUGAAUUAAACUGUCGGUCGGAAGCAAUUGGCUUUUUGGUAGGAUAAGUUCUUUUUACUUUGUUCCGAAAUAUAACUUUACGAAAUAUUGGAAAUGCAAAUACCUUCAAAACUCACAGAACAGGGUUAAAAAAGCAGCACCUCCAACCAGCAACACUUGACCCUGCUGAUUAAUAGGCCAAGCCUGACCAAGACUGUGAAACAGGUCUCUUUGGUUUUCAAAAGUUGCAUUUCUAUUGAAAAGUAAUUCUGCUUUAGACCUUUUUUGGAACUUUGUAUCAUUUUACACAAUUUCUUCAGAUUUACAGUUAAUCUGAGAAUAAUCAUCUGCUGAAAACCAAGACUGUAAAACAGGUCUCUUUCUUUUUCAAGAGUUGCAUUUCCAUUGAAAAGUAAUCCUGAUCUGGAUCUUUUUUUGAAACUUUGUAUCAUUUUUUGCUAUUUCUUCAGAUUUACAAUCAGUUCAACCCCUCACAAAGCAGUAAAUCAAACUGUCAGUUGGAAGCAGCUUGCUUUUUUGGUAAAAUAAGUUAUUUUUACUUUGUUCCUGUGUCAAGUUUACAAAACAUUGGAAAUGUAAAUGCCUUCAAAGUAAGCAGAACUGAGUUGAAAAGGCAGCCACUCCAACCAGCACAGUAAAGCUUGGCCCUGUUGAUUAAUGGGCAGAUUUAUCUUCCAUUUAGUGAAUCAGGGAAGAACUAUCUGCCAAGACCAAGACUGUGAAACAGGUCUCUUCGAUUUUCAAGAGUGGCGUUUCUAUUGAAAAGUAAUCCUGCUCUGGACCUUUUUUGGAAAUGUGUAUAAUUUAGCACUGCUUCUUGAGAUUUACAAUCAAUCAGAGAAUCAUUUGCAGAGACCAAGAUCGUGAAACUAGGUCUCUUAGGUCUUCAAGAGUUGCAUUUCCAUUGCAAAGUAGCCCUACUGUAUACAUUUUUGGUCCCUUGUACCAUUUAACACUAUUCCUUCAGAUUUACAAUCAAUAAAACCCUAGAAAAGCAAUGUGAAUCAAACUUUCAGUUGGGAGCAAUUGGCGUUUCUUUUUACUUUGUUCCUGGGUCAAGUUACGAAAUACUGGAAAUGUCUUCAAAGGGUUGAAAAACAACCACUCCAACCAGUCCUGCAAAGCUCGACCUGCAACUUCAAGAGUCCCUCGAACCCAAGUGCAACAGAGUGGACGACAUUGCUGUGAGUGAGUGCAUGCGGUGGUGGCCCUCAGCAUGGUGUUGCCACCACCGGACAAGCGGCAUGUGUGUCUUACCACCUUUGUUAUCAUGACCAGCAUGGCCUUCAUGGAUGCCUACCUGGUGGAGCAGAAUCAGGGGCCACGGAAGAUCGGCGUCUGCAUCAUUGUCCUUGUUGGGGAUGUCUGCUUUCUUAUUGUCCUCCGGUAUGUGGCGGUUUGGGUCGGAGCAGAAGUGCGGACGGCUCGACGAGGAUAUGCCAUGAUCCUUUGGUUCCUCUAUAUCUUCGUGCUGGAGAUCAAGCUUUACUUUGUCUUCCAGAACUGUAAGGCCGAUCGCAAGAGUCUGGAGACUGUCGCCCGGAAGGCUUUGACUUUAUUGCUGUCCAUUUGUGUGCCAGGCCUCUACCUGGUUCUAGUGGCUCUGGACAGUAUGGAAUAUGUCCGUACCUUUCGGAGGAAGGAGGACAUGAGGGGUCGGCUUUUCUGGGUGGCUUUGGACUUGCUGGACCUGCUGGAUAUGCAGGCAAAUCUUUGGGAGCCGCAGCGGACGGGUUUGCCCAUUUGGGCGGAAGGUUUGAUGUUCUUCUACUGCUACAUUUUGCUUCUGAUUCUUCCCUGCGUGUCCCUGAGCGAGAUCAGUGUGCAGGGUGACCACGUGUCCCCUCAGAAGAUGAUGCUCUAUCCUCUUCUCAGUCUGGUCACCAUCAACAUUGUCACCAUCCUCAUACGUGGCGUUAACAUGGUGCUCUUCCAGGACAGCCGGGUUUCCACCAUCUUCGUCGGCAAGAACGUAGUGGCCAUCGCGACCAAGGCGUGCACCUUUCUCGAGUACCGGAAACAGUCACGAGAAUUCCCGAAUCGAGAGAACGCAACCGGAAUUCCCAUGGAAGUCCAGCAGAACUCGGUGGGACAUGGACAAGCUCUUCCGAAUGCUACGAGCCUCCCACAUGAACCCACUCCAGCACGGGAGAUUAUGGAUACAUGACCAAGGAACCAAAAUAGAGGAUUUGGAGCCAACAAGGAGCAUUCGAACCACCAGAUAUGAACUAAUGAACUGUUUUGGGGUACUUUGGUCCAACAUUAUGAGGUGCUCCGUCCUGUUAUGGACUGAGGUAAAUCAGCCAAAUAUGAGCUGUGUUGUUCAAUAGAAAAACAUUCAGUGUUUUAUAACUCGCCCACCACAGUUGGCAAUGAAGAACCAAGUGCUGUUUUCUUUCUGUACAAUAGCAAAAUGACUGUGGUGCAAAAUACUUAUUUGAGAGACCAAACUCAUGUUUCCAUCCACUUUUGUGUGUGUGACUUCCUGUUGUUGAGGUGCAUCAGAUAUUUGCCUCUCUUGCAAGUAAUGAAUGGGGGAAUGGAAAAAGAGUGCAAUGAAUUUAUCAUUGAGCGAACUAGUUAGGUUCAUGACCAAAUGUUGUGGAAUAGUCCUACAUGCCUGCAGUAUGUGUUUGCGCUUGUGCUUUAUGAUGUGUUGACAUUUAAAGAAAUGAGAAUAAGAGGAAAAAGUAAGAAAUGUGUGUGCGAUGACCUUUAUGGAAUUGUUUAGGAAAAAGUCAGUGAAUGCACUACCACUUGAUUGGUAUAUGAAUUAUUAUUGCUAUCAUUGUUAUUAUAAUUAUUAUAUAUAUACCACUUGUGUACUUGCUUUUUUACAUUUUUGU